CAAGCUUCUUCAUCCAAGCCCCCUUCUUCCAUCUUCACUCCACAUUUCACACUCUUUUUCAACUUUCUCUUCUUCUCUUUGUUUUAAAGAGGGGCUGGAGUUUUAGCCAAAGAAAACUCCAUGGCUAAACUUGUUGCUGCUUUCUUCUUGGCUCUCAUUGCCAUCUCCAUGGUUCAAACUUUGGUUAUGGCAUCACAUGGACAUGGUGGUCACCAUUAUGAUAACAAACGUUAUGGACCUGGAAGUCUCAAGCCUUACCAAUGUCCAUCUCAGUGCACAAGGAGGUGUAGCCAGACACAGUACCAUAAACCAUGCAUGUUCUUCUGUCAGAAAUGUUGCAGGACAUGCCUUUGUGUUCCUCCAGGGUAUUAUGGGAACAAACAAGUUUGCCCUUGCUACAACAACUGGAAAACCAAGGAAGGAGGCCCCAAAUGCCCUUAAAUUACUCAAAAGAAGACCCUUUUUUUUUUACAUUAUUAUCCCUAUAAAUUUCCUAUUUGAAAUUCAAGUCAUUUAAGCAUAAGGUUGCACUGUAAUACUAACUAUAUAUUUUAUGUUGUUAGUUGUUACUAGUGGUUUAAGUGUUUUGUUUUUUUGUACCAAAUUGUCACUCCAUUAAAAUGAGAGUGGCUAAACUUUGUUCUAUUUUAUUAAUGAAGAUGGUGUUGUUUAAUUACAA